GAUUGUAAUUCUAAGCAUUUUACAGCUUCUCUCACAGAGAGAUUUCUUGGAAGGAAUUCUUGCUGCUUAUGAAAGAACAAAAAAAUGGGGUGAGUGGAAAGAGAAAAGAGAAAGUGAAAAAAGGGGAGAGAGGAGAGGAGGGAGAUGUGUGCCAGUGUGUAUAUGACUCGCUGUCUGGGGGUGAGAGACACACACACACACACACACACACACACACACACACACACACACACACUUAAAUACCAAAGAGAGAAAUCCCCUUUCACAUUCUCUCACACAAACACACAUCUCCAUUCAGAGACGGCACCACUGCAGUACUUCUUAUUAGAACAGGACAUGCACACACAUUUACACACAUAUUAACUGUCUUUAUCUGCUCAUGGCUUGUGGGAUGCAACUGCUGACCUGGAGCGGACACCAGUGGAGACUCAUCCAGCAUUUCCUCCGGAUGAGCCUCCUGCUCUCCCUCCUGUGCCCACCCACAGAGCCUGUUCCCUGGGACAACGACUCCAGCAGUGGCCCUGGAGAGGGUUGUGAGGGUUUCCAGGUGGAUGUUUGCGGUGUGUGUGCAGGGGAUGGGAGCUCGUGUGAGCUGUUCAGUGGGACACUCGUUCUUUCCGUGCUGUCUGUUGGCUACCACAAGAUCCUGGACAUUCCCGCUGGAGCUCAACGAAUCAAAUUACAGGAAACACAGAAGACCAGGAACUACUUAGCUCUCAGGACAGCGACUGGUGAGUCAGUGAUAAACGGUGAUUGGGUGAUCGACAGGCCAGGACAGUUCUACGCCGCGGCUACUCAGCUCACAUACAAACGGCCCAAUGAGAUACGCAGCAGAGCGGGAGAAUCCAUCACUGCUCCUGGCCCAACCAAUCAAGAGCUGCAUCUCUUUGUGAUUUAUCAGCAACCCAAUCCAGCAGUGUAUUAUGAAUACAUUCUACCCAAAGACCCCAUCACCGACAAUCAUUCAGAUGCAUAUUCUUUCUCUAGUGUACUUCCUCUGGCAGAGAGUCAUGGAAUAUUUCCUGAUCCUGAGAAUAGCGACGGUGAAAACUCACUGAGCAGCUCUCAUCCUAACCAAGUUCCAUCGGACCCUAUAACCCCUGAACCAGUUCCUCUGUACAGCUGGGUUGCCAUGACAACAACACCCUGCAGUGCUACCUGUGGAACAGGCAGUCAUCAGGUUCUGUUCGGCUGUGUGGAAAGAGCUACUCAAACUACUGUACGAGGGGAUCUCUGUAGCUACUCCAGUCAUCCUGGCCCUCAGGUAGAAGAGUGUCAAUCGCAGCCUUGCCCGACCUUCUGGGAUGUUGGAGAGUGGUCUGAGUGCAGUAAGACCUGUGGUCCAGGGUUUCAGUAUCGUCAGGUGAUUUGCCAGCAGACGCAAGGACACCAUGGCAAUAGCACAGUCGUCGUGGCAACCAGCCUCUGCGAUAACACAGACAUGCCCGAGACGACCACCGUGUGCCAGCUCAAGAUCUGCAGUGAGUGGCAGAUCCGCUCAGACUGGACAGAGUGCUCAGUGCCAUGUGGAGUAGGUCAGCGCAGAAGAGAGGUUGUGUGUGUGGAUAACCUGGGUGACAUUGUUUCUGAUGAGGAAUGCAACAUGGCCCUUCGCCCACAGGACCUGCAGAACUGUGACAAAGGCGUGUGUGCCAGCAGCUGGUUCUACUCUCUCUGGAGCGACAGGUGUUCUGCAGACUGUGCGGAAGGAAGACGCAGCCGGUCAGUGGUGUGCAUGAUGAGUCAGACCAACUCACUGCCACUGGACAACUGCGAUGAUGAGGAUAAACCUGACGAGCUCAUGCCGUGUGACCUGGGACCCUGCACACAGCGACUGGAAUGGUACACAGGACCAUGGGGGCAGGUGCGUGAAUGCUGA